AUGGACUGCCGCGGCGGAGCGGGGGCGUCGGGGUACGGCGAAGAGGGCGAGGACGGCGAGGACGACGAGGAGGAGCGAGAGGGUGGCACUGCGGGCUCUCAGGGGGCUAAACUGCCCCCCAUCGCAGGCAGCGCCUCAGAACUGAACAAACGGAAGGUGAAGAAGAAAAAGAAGAAGAAGAAGACCAAGGGGUCCAGCAAGGGGGACGAUAAACAUCAGAGUCCAGGCCUGAAGAGUCAGCAGCUGCCCUCAUCCUCUCACGACAUCUUAAGUCCCAGCAAAGAUCAUGGCCCCAGGCAAGAGCACAAACAGGACAAAGGUGAAAACAGGCCCAUCCCCCCUUACCCCUCCACUGUAAGUCUCCCCCAUUUUGCCGAAAUAGAAGACAACCUCUCCAACCAGAUCAACGAAAGCCUGCGUUGGGACGGAAUUCUCGCAGACCCAGAGGCCGAAAGAGAAAGGAUUCGCGUAUACAAGCUGAACCGGAGGAAGCGGUACCGGAUCUUGGCCCUCAAGGGCUUCCACUCUGACCUGGGUGGCCAGGAGGACCCCGAGAACCUGCCAUACCUCCCGGAUAAGGAGAGCAACACCGAGGGCAGGCAGCCCGCGCCGAAAGCCGGCCGGCCCAGCCACGGCUUGGAAGGAAGCCUCACGCCCAGGCUCCUGCGCUCUGAUCUGGCUGCCGCUCUGCCGGAGUGA